AAGAAAUUGUGUCACUUGCCAGCAUUCAUUCGAUCCUCCUCGGUUGACUGUAUGUUUGGAACAGCCAUGAAGAGAAAACCUCCUCACUCCUCCAAAUGGGCUGAGACCCGAUCCGCUGUGGUUUAUGAUCUCCAGAACAGAAAACGCGCGACAUUGUGGGUACGAAGUCGAGAGACAACGGCAACAUUGGUCAAAUAUUGAAGACCCGCAUUCUGAAUGCAUGACUCAUCAUUCUUAUAGACCCUACCCACGUGACGUCACAACUCCGCUCUCCUGAAUGGUACCGCCCAAUUGUCCGUCAAAACAUAGUGUUAACCUGUUACGGCUACGUACAUUCCUCCUAUUUACGGCGUGUUUUUCUGCUCCUUAACAUUAAUAAUCAAAAUGGUGAAGGCGUGUGUGACUGUUGGUUGCACUAACAGAGAAGAUGGAAGGAGAGACUUGAAGUUUUACCGUAUUCCGAGGGAUCCAAAGAGGAGAGCGAUAUGGACGGCUGCAAUUCGACGUGAAAACUGGGCACCAAAAAAUCACCACAGACUAUGUAGUAGUCAUUUUAUAUCUGCACUGCGUUCAGCCACAUUUAGCUCAUGGCGGAUGCUCACCCUGGGGGCAGAGUACGAGGACACCUGGGCCCUGGCACGUGACCAGUGUCGACCCAGACAACAGGCAAAGGAGCCUCCUGGGCGCACACAUGCCGCAACUGUAAAGCAAGAAGAGCCUUCCUGGAAACACUGUGAGACGAUUACUAAUUAUGACACAGUUAUACACUUGGAUGGAGCGAUCGAAGUAACGACCAGAGAAGGUUUAUGUGACUUAGUCCAGAAGCAUGAGAUGGCAACAAACACAGGGUGGCCUGGCAGAAUGGCUCGUAUUACUGAAGAUCUCCCCACCCGCUAUGGAGGGAGCACAAGCGGCGGCGGCGGCGGCGGAGGAGGCAGAGGCGCGCCGGGUGCCGGGAGAGGGGGUGCCCGCGGCGGAGGCGCUCCGGGCGGCGGCCAAAGGAUGUACAAGCAGUCGAUGGCUCAGAGAGCCAGGACAAUGGCCAUUUACAACCCGAACCCCGUCAAGCAAAACUUCUUGACUGUCAACCGCUCCCUCUUCAUCUUCCGGGAGGACAACCUCAUCAGGAAGUAUGCCAAACGUAUAACAGAGUGGCCUCCAUUUGAAUACAUGAUCCUGGCAACAAUCAUCGCCAACUGUAUCGUCUUGGCCCUGGAGCAACAUCUACCUGCCAGCGACAAGACGCCUAUGUCGGAGCGCCUGGACGACACAGAGCCCUACUUUAUUGGAAUAUUCUGUUUUGAGGCAGCCAUUAAGAUCAUCGCCCUGGGCUUUGCAUUCCACAAAGGCUCCUACCUCCGUAACGGAUGGAAUGUAAUGGACUUCGUGGUCGUUCUCACUGGGAUCCUGGCAAAAGUAGGCUCCGACUUCGACUUGCGGACACUCCGGGCUGUGAGAGUGCUGCGACCCCUCAAACUUGUGUCAGGGAUUCCCAGCCUUCAAGUAGUGUUGAAGUCUAUAAUGAAAGCCAUGGUGCCCCUACUUCAGAUCGGCCUACUGCUUUUCUUCGCCAUUGUCAUGUUUGCCAUCAUCGGUGUGGAGUUUUACAUGGGCAAAUUUCACACCACCUGCUUCAACAUCGACACCGGUGAAAAAGCAGCAGAAUGGCCUUGUGGUCUGGAUCCCCCAGCCAGGUUGUGUCCAAACGGGACUAAAUGCACGGAGUACUGGACCGGACCCAAUUUUGGUAUUACCAACUUCGACAACAUCCUGUUUGCUGUGCUUACGGUGUUCCAGUGCAUCACGAUGGAGGGCUGGGUGGAUAUCCUCUAUAGUACCAACGACGUGGCAGGAAACACAUGGAACUGGCUCUACUUCAUCCCUCUAAUCAUCAUCGGCUCUUUCUUUAUGCUCAACUUGGUACUUGGUGUCCUGUCAGGAGAGUUCGCCAAAGAAAGAGAGCGUGUGGAGAAGAGACAAGAAUUUCUGAAGCUUCGAAGACAGCAACAAAUUGAAAGAGAGCUCACCGGAUACCUGGAAUGGAUCUGCAAAGCUGAGGAGGUGUUGCUGGAGGAAGAGUAUGAGAAUGCAGUAGAGAAGUCACCACUGGAUGGUGCGUGGUACAAGAGGAAAAAAAAUCUGCCAGUCCUGAAACGAAGCAAAAACAAGAAGGGUAAAAAUGAUCUGAUCGGUGCUGAGGAAGGGGAAGAGCCAUUCGCUGAAAUCUCCUCUGUAGGUCCUCCUGGUUCUCGGUUUUGUGGGGUCAGAGAAAGCAGCACGAAGAUGGAUAGCUCAUCUUACUUUCGUCGUAAAGAGAAGAGAAUUCGUUUCUUUAUCCGGCGGAUGGUAAAAGCACAGAGUUUCUACUGGAUCGUUCUCUGUCUGGUUGGCCUGAACACUAUGUGCGUGGCCAUAGUCCACUAUGAUCAACCAGAGUGGCUUACAACAGCCCUGUACACAGCAGAGUUUGUAUUCCUGGGUUUGUUUCUCACUGAGAUGACCUUAAAGAUGUAUGGCCUUGGACCAAGGAAUUAUUUCCAUUCCUCCUUUAACUGCUUUGAUUUCGGGGUGAUUGUGGGAAGUAUUUUUGAGGUGAUCUGGGACAUGAUCAAACCAGGAGCAUCGUUUGGGAUAAGUGUGUUGCGAGCUCUGAGACUGCUGAGAAUCUUCAAAGUUACUAAGUAUUGGAACUCUCUAAGGAACCUGGUGGUUUCCCUCCUCAAUUCCAUGAAGUCAAUCAUCAGUUUGCUUUUCCUCCUCUUCCUCUUCAUCGUUGUCUUCGCUCUGCUGGGCAUGCAGCUUUUUGGAGGACAGUUUAACUUUGAGGACGAAACACCAACAACAAACUUCGAUACCUUCCCGGCAGCCAUUCUCACUGUGUUUCAGAUUUUAACCGGGGAGGACUGGAACGCCGUGAUGUACCAUGGCAUCGAGUCACAAGGAGGUGUCCGCCGGGGGAUGUUCUCUUCUGUUUACUUCAUUGUCCUUACACUUUUUGGAAACUAUACCCUUCUGAACGUCUUCUUGGCUAUCGCUGUUGAUAACCUUGCAAAUGCACAGGAGCUAACAAAGGAUGAAGAAGAGCAGGAAGAGGCAGCCAAUAAGAAGCUUGCCCUGCAGAAGGCUCUGGAAGUAAAGGAAGUCAGUCCCAUGUCUGCAGCAAACAUAUCAAUAGCCGCUUUUGUAAAGCAAAAUCGAGAUGCACUCUCUCGCAGGUCGUCCAUCAACAGCAUUCAGUCACUCAAGGAACAGCAACGGACAGCCAAAACCAUGUCAGUGUGGGAGCAAAGGACAAACCAGCUGAGGAGACACAACGUGAGAGCAAGCAGUGAAGCUUUGUUUAACGAGCUCGACCCUGAGGAGCGCCUACGACUGUCCUCUGCCCUCCAUCUUCAUCCUGACAUGAAGACCCACCUGGACAGGCCCCUUGUGGUGGAGUCCAACAGGCCUCCCGAGGAAGGUCAGCAAGACGGCACGGGAGACAUCCUCCAUUCGCACACCAGGAAGCACCACAGACAUCGGGACAGGAACGGUGAGGGCAGGGAUGGAGGUGACGGCCGUCCAGCGAGGCAUCACACCCAUCACAGCCGGAGCAAAGAUCAUAAUAGCAAUGGAGGUCAGACUAAAGAGAGAAGAGGGGAGAGUUGCGGUCACAGCCGAGAUGAGGGUCAGAGACGCAGGCGGCAUCAUCAUACAGGCUCCCCGGAAGAAGACGUCUCUGAUGUACGGGCAGGAGGGGAAGAGAGGGGCCAUCGCCAUCACCAUUCACACCGGACGCCAAAAGAGGGAAAUGGGACAUUAGCGAAUGGUUCCCAUGGAGAGCGCAGGGGCCGAGGAAGAGGAGGCGAGGGUAAUGGAGAAAGGAAAGGCCGAUGCUCUCGAAUGGUCAGAGCGCAGUCGACUCUGGAUGGGGAUGAAAGCAAAAAGUGCAAGAAAAAUCAUAGGGAGAUGCAGUCUGAUGGUGAGGAAGAGGUUCUUGCUACCAGUCCUCUGAGUCUUGGAGACAAGCAGGAGGAUGCUGACAACCAAAAGAAUUCCACUAGAGCCAGCCAGGCUGGCCUUAACAGCAACACCAUUCACAUCCCUGUCACCAUAACAGCCCCACCCGGAGAGACAACCGUGAUUCCCAUGAACAACAUUGACUGCAGCAACUUAACAGUCAACGAGGAGAAGAAAGCCCUAGAAGAGGACGAUGCUGCAAAUAGGCCGCGGCAGAUUCUCCCCUAUAGUUCCAUGUUCAUUUUUGGACAAACAAAUCCGGUGCGGCGGCUGUGUCAUUACGUGGUCAACCUACGCUACUUUGAAAUGUGCAUCCUGAUGGUCAUUACCAUGAGUAGCAUUGCCCUGGCAGCUGAGGAUCCUGUGCAGUCUAAUGCACCCCGCAACAACGUCCUCAAGUAUCUUGAUUAUGUCUUCACUGGUGUGUUUACAUUUGAGAUGGUGAUUAAGAUGAUUGACUUAGGACUGAUCCUCCACCCCGGCGCCUAUUUUCGUGAUCUCUGGAACAUUCUUGACUUCAUCGUAGUCACUGGCGCUCUUGUGGCAUUCGCCUGCUCAGGGACAAAAGGCAAGGACAUCAACACCAUUAAGUCUCUGAGGGUCCUCAGAGUCUUGCGGCCACUAAAAACCAUUAAACGUCUGCCCAAAUUAAAGGCUGUGUUUGACUGUGUGGUGAAUUCCCUGAAGAAUGUUCUCAACAUCCUCAUUGUGUACAUUCUCUUCAUGUUCAUCUUUGCGGUUAUCGCUGUGCAGCUUUUUAAAGGGAAAUUCUUCUACUGCACUGAUGAGUCCAAGGGCCUUGAGAAAGACUGCAGGGGUCAGUUUUUGGACUAUGACAAAGUGGAACGUGGACGUGAUGUCGAAGCUCAGCCCAGAGAGUGGAAGAAAUACGAGUUCCACUAUGACAAUGUUCUUUGGGCCUUCUUAACACUAUUCACCGUCUCCACAGGAGAGGGCUGGCCCCUGGUGCUGAAGCACUCAGUGGAUGCCACCUAUGAAGACCAGGGGCCCAGCCCAGGUUUCCGCAUGGAGACGUCCAUCUUCUAUGUGGUGUACUUUGUGGUCUUCCCUUUCUUCUUUGUCAACAUAUUUGUCGCUUUGAUUAUCAUCACCUUCCAGGAGCAGGGAGACAAAGCCAUGUCUGAGUGUAGCUUGGAAAAGAAUGAGAGGGCUUGCAUUGACUUCGCCAUUAAUGCCAAGCCGCUGACAAGAUACAUGCCAGAGAACAAGCAAUCCUUCCAGUAUAAGAUGUGGAAAUUUGUGGUGUCGCCUCCAUUUGAAUAUGCCAUUAUGACUUUAAUUGCCCUCAACACCGUGGUGCUGAUGAUGAAGUUUUAUGGAGCCCCAGACCUAUAUGAGUCCAUGCUGAAAUACUUGAACAUCGUCUUCACUGCCCUUUUCACACUGGAGUGCAUCCUUAAGAUUAUUGCCUUCGGUCCAUUGAAUUACCUGAAAGCAGCCUGGAAUGUGUUUGACUUUGUGACGGUCCUGGGAAGCAUAACAGACAUCCUGGUGACGGAGAUUAAGGACAAGAUGAUUAACCUGAGCUUCCUGAGGCUGUUCCGAGCGGCUCGGCUCAUCAAACUGCUACGGCAGGGCUACACCAUUCGCAUUUUGCUGUGGACGUUUGUUCAGUCCUUCAAGGCCCUGCCAUAUGUUUGCCUCCUCAUUGCAAUGCUCUUCUUCAUCUAUGCCAUCAUUGGAAUGCAGGUCUUUGGUAACAUCGAGCUGAACGAGGACACAGCAAUAAAUCACCACAACAACUUCCAGACCUUUUUCCAGGCUUUAACCCUUCUCUUCAGGAGUGCCACAGGUGAAGCGUGGCAUGAGAUCAUGCUUUCAUGUCUCAGUAAUCGAUCAUGUGACAAACUCUCAGGAACUACAGGGAAGGAGUGUGGAAGUGACUUUGCUUACUUCUACUUUGUUUCAUUCAUUUUUCUCUGCUCCUUUUUGAUGUUAAACCUAUUUGUUGCUGUCAUCAUGGACAACUUUGAGUAUUUGACCAGGGAUGCCUCCAUCUUGGGUCCUCAUCACCUCGAUGAGUUCAUCCGUGUAUGGGCAGAGUAUGACCCCGCUGCCUGUGGAAGGAUAUGCUAUCAAGAUAUGUACAAAUUGUUACGUUUUAUCUCACCUCCACUUGGGCUCGGGAAGAAGUGCCCAAACAGGGUGGCCUAUAAGCGUUUGGUUAGGAUGAACAUGCCUAUUGCAGAUGACAAUACAGUGCAUUUCACCUCCACACUGAUGGCCCUGAUUCGCACAGCCCUGGAGAUCAAACUUGCGUCGGGAGUUUUGGCACAGCAUUUAUGUGAUAUUGACCUGAAAAGAGAAUUAAACAGAGUAUGGCCCAGUUUGUCACAGAAGACUAUUGACCUUCUGGUGACGCCGCAUAAAUACAAUGAGCUGACUGUGGGGAAAGUAUAUGCUGCUCUCAUGAUCUUUGACUACUAUAAGCAGAAUCGUGCCAAGAGACUCCAGCAGCAGCAUCCUUCAGGAGGGGUUCAGAGUAAAUUAGGGGCAUUGUUUCGCCCUAUACUUCCUCUUGGUCAUAUCAAAGAAGUAGAGCCUCCAUUACCCAGUCCCAAACAGCUAUUGCCUCUCCAUCCUGAAUCAGAAGCAGAAACGUCACCUCUUCCACCUAUCACAACUACAGCUACCAGCUCGAUAAACAGGGACACAGUUCUUGACCAAAAGACUUACAUAAAACAUUCCCAGUCUGGAGAUGUUUGUCAAGUAGCGCUAAGGCCCAAAGGGCGGAGGAAACUACAGAGAGGCCAAUCUGAAGAUGUGCAGUAUUCUACAAGACCUCAGGAAGUGGUUGAAAUGAAGCCAGUUGAGAACAUCUCAGACACAGAGAUGUACCCAAGCCUGGAAGGUCACGGAAGAGCAGCUUCUCUGCCUCGUCUCAAUGCAGAAUACUACCGGAGCCACCCUCGCCACGCCCCUGGGACCCACCUGGCACCAAUUGUUGACCUUAGUCCCAUAAGACGCUCAGCUUCGUCACUGACCCCACAGCACAACCAGGAGGUUGUUCUUCAGGAAUAUAACCUGAUACGACCAACCCAGCAUCAAUCAUCAGCGGGUACUGGACCAGUCCAAGGCCAGGACCGUGUCCAUCACCAUCAUCACCACCACCGCUGCCACAGACGCAGGGACAAGGACAAGGAUAAAGACAAAAAGCAGAAAUCCCUUGAUAGAGCAACUUCAGCGCAGCAGCAGAGUGCUGUUGGCUCAUUCACAGACCCCUCAGCUGAAGGUAUGUCUAGAGAACGAGCAAGGGAGCGUGACCGGAGUCGCCCACACGAGAGAAGGCAUCAUUCCUCUGCAGGGGAAAAGCAACGCUACUACUCCUGUGAGCGUUAUGGCUCCCAGGAGACAGGCCAUGCCAAGUCAGCCGGUCCAAGCCGAUCUACGUCUCCUGGGGAGGAACAAGACACCUCUGUACUUAAACAACAUGGUAGCACUGGGGGUAAACCUGCCCCCUCUGGAUCAAGCACACCCGUCCGUGGUCGCAGACAACUCCCCCAAACGCCCCUCACCCCACGUCCUGCCGUGGCCUACAAGACUGCAAACUCCUCCCCUCUCUCUUCUGCAGCCAGCACCACCAUAGCCGGACAACACGCUCGUGUCAGUCGCGGCUGUUCAGAACACGAGCACUUGCACGGGGACAACGACCGCUCCCCGAUACCGGUCACCUGCAUUGGUUCUGACCCAAAUUUAAACCGGCAACUGCAGGGAAGUUCUCAACAAGCGCUAAUCGAAGAGACAGAGGACUUCCAGGAUGCCGUUAGCAGCCAAGUUUUGCCACACAGAGCGGGUGCCUCCUCAACAUCCUCAUCUUCACACGAUCCCACUGCUGUGCCCGUCACAGCGGCGGCCACACAAGGGCGUGCAGAUGUGGUACCUAAUGGGUACCACUUCACUUUUGGGGUAAAUUCUGCAUCAAACAGCAGAGGAACAGGAAGCCUCAGGGAGAGAGAUGAUGAGGACUGGUGCUAACAUGUUGAGAAAAUUAGGAGGUUUGUCUGAGUCACUGAUGAAGAAGCAGCUUGCCUGUGUUGCUCAUGUCAGGUCGCUUGAGCUGGUCAAAAGUGGAGAAGUAGCCGAUUGAAAGUGCUAUCAACGGGGUCCAUCGCUGCAUUCUAAUGUUACUCUCCUUCACACGCAAAAAACUGUUGAAGGAAACGGAAUGCUGACUUUUUCUACCCCCCUCGCACCCAAAUGCGUUUGGAAACCCCUGCAGUAUUUUUUUUGCCUUGGCCAGUGGUGUUGAAGACUAAAGCCAAAAUCUUGAAGAGCUAUGUUUUGCCUCAUUCUCGAUCUACCUGGAUGCUUUAUUUAGUCUGGACUAGAGGUCGACCGAUAUGGGAUUUUCAUAUGCCAAGGCUGAUACCGAUAUCCCAAAAAAAUUUCAACUGACUGCCGAUAUCCAAAGCUGGUUUUGUAAGCCAAAAUUUGAGGCCGAUAUACUUUUUUUAAGCACGUAGAUUAUGAAAGGCAAAAAAAAAAAAAAAAAAUACUUCAACAUGACCUCAGACAUAGGAUUAUUGUAGUGCUAGCAAACCAACAAACACAGCACACACACUCAGCAAGAACAGUACAUCAUUUUCAAAUUAUUAAA